AUAGCAACAAGAUUCACUGCUUCAGCUUGGUAAUGCUUUCGUCUUCUCUGUCUGGGCUCUGCAACUGCAAUUGACUGAUCUUGGAUCUUCAUGAAUUAUCUAGUUGAAAGAUCAGCAGAAAUCAAUAUAAAACGGGAUACUCAAUGAUGCAAUUCAUGUCAGUGGUGAGAUUCAAAGUUGGUUUCACUUCAGUCAGAAUGAGGGAUUGGUUGGUGGGAGUCUCCAUUAUGGUUCUUACAUUGAUCUUUAUCAUCCGUUAUGAACAAUCUGAUCACAAAUUUUCAACGAAUCACACUGUGGAUGAUUCUAGUAUACAAGGAGAGAGUGUUCAUGAACCAGCAAAGAAGCCACAUUUGAUGACUUUGGAAGAUCUUGAUUAUCUCUUUUCAAACAAGAGCUUUUUCGGAGGAGAGGAAGAAGAAGAGUCCAAUGGAUUGCUUGUAUGGUCUCGUAUGCGUCCAUUUUUUGAAAGGCCAGAUGCUUUGCCAGAAACUGCUCAAGGGAUUGAAGAAGCUACUUUGGCGAUGAAAGAUUUGGUUUUUCUGAUCAAUAAAGAGAAAGGAGCUUCUUUUUCUGCUAUGGUCUCCAAGGAACUUGGAAGAAACUGUCCGGAUUUUGUCACUGCAUUUGAUGAGGAUUUGUCUGGUUUAAGGCAUGUACUACUUGAGCUUCCUUGUGGUUUAAUUGAAGAUUCUUCAGUAACUUUGGUUGGUAUUCCUGAUGAACAUUCUAGUAGCUUCCAGAUUCAGCUCGUUGGCUCAGAAUUAUCAGGCGAAACCCGUCGGCCAAUAAUCUUGCGUUACAAUGUGAAUUUUUCUAGGCCAUCCAUAGUGCAAAAUACAUGGACAGAAAAGCUCGGUUGGGGAAACGAUGUGCGAUGCCCAGAUCAUGGAUCAGUUAAAAAUCAUUUAGUUGAUCAACUUCCUCUCUGCAACAAACAGACCGGUAGAAUCACUUCGGAAAAGAGUUCCAACGAUGAUGCAACUAUGGAAUUUUCUCUUUCAAAUGCUAAUUUUCCAUUUCUCAAAGGGAGUCCUUUCACUGCCACAUUGUGGUUUGGCUUAGAAGGUUUUCAUAUGACGAUAAAUGGGCGGCACGAGACUUCAUUUGCUUACAGGGAGAAGCUCGAGCCAUGGUUAGUCAGUGCAGUCAAAGUCUCAGGUGGUUUGAAAAUGUUAUCUGUCUUAGCCACAAGACUGCCCAUUCCCGAUGACCAUGCUUCUUUAAUCAUAGAAGAGAAAUUUAAAGCUCCAUCUCUUUCCGGGACAAGAAUAGAACUAUUGGUGGGUGUUUUCUCCACUGGAAAUAAUUUUAAGCGGCGUAUGGCAUUGAGAAGAUCUUGGAUGCAAUACGAGGCAGUAAGAUCUGGCAAAGUGGCUGUUCGAUUUCUCAUUGGCCUUCACACAAAGGAAAAAGUCAAUUUAGAGAUGUGGAGAGAAUCUAAGGCAUAUGGAGACAUUCAGUUUAUGCCAUUUGUUGAUUACUAUGGUUUACUUAGCUUGAAAACAGUUGCGCUUUGCAUUCUCGGGACCAAAGUCAUCCCAGCAAAAUACAUAAUGAAGACGGAUGAUGAUGCGUUUGUGCGGAUUGAUGAACUCCUAUCAAGUCUAAAAGAAAAACCGUCUAGUGCCCUUUUGUACGGUUUGAUAUCAUUUGAUUCAUCACCGGACCGUGAACAAGGCAGCAAAUGGUUUAUCCGUAAAGAGGAAUGGCCUUUAGAUUCAUACCCUCCAUGGGCACAUGGCCCUGGCUACAUCAUCUCUCAUGAUAUCGCGAAAUUUGUGGUGAAGGGUCACCGUCAAAGAGAUCUUAGACUUUUCAAGCUGGAAGAUGUGGCGAUGGGGAUAUGGAUUCAACAAUUCAACGAGACAAUAAAAAGAGUGAAAACUGGUUGGACUAUUUUGGCUUUUCUCUGCGUUUUUGGAGCUGUGAGUGCUGUGAAUGCCUUGAAGAUCGAGAUGUAUGUCGGUUACAAGUAUCUGGGAAUGGUUGUUGUAUCUCUCUAUGUGAUUCAAGUCUUGACUUCCAUUUUCUCUGAAGCUCCAUCUCCCGUUUAUAGAGCACAUCGAUGGAUGGAAGAUAGGAAACCCUAUGAUGAGGUCGUCACUCCAAUUGGCCGUGCAAUUUAUUAUGUUUUGGCAGUGUCUUCUCUAAUUGGUCUUGCCUACUCCAGUGGUGCUCUUUGGCCGUCCAAGCGAGAGGACGGAACGCUCGUUGAGAUCCCAAACUCUAAAUACUUAGCAGUAGUUCUCACAUCUCUCUAUGCCAUUGGUCUCGCCCGAACAUUCUUCUUCGAUCGUCCACCUCCAAGUCACAAGAUCGGACCACACUUGGAAUGGUUUUACCCCUUUUGCGUCUAUAUGACUGCAUUCGUUAUUGCGUUCACUGUUCACAUGCCAUAGUGACUUUGGAGUGGUGUUUGCAAUUUCUGUGAUCACUUGUGGCAUUGCGAUCUUCCAGUUAUCACAUCCCGUGGAGGAAUUUAAC